GCCCGCCCGCGCUCCCGGGAAGUCUCGCGAUGCCGUAGUCGGCAGUUCCCGCAGCGGGUGGCUCCGGCUGUUGCUGUGGUUGCCUGAGUUGCUGCUGCGGCGGCCGCGGCGGAGCUGGUGGAGGUGUCGGCCCCGGGGGCGGAUGUUGACAUCGCGUUGUUGUUGUUGCGGAUGGUAAUGGCGGCGAGGGCGGGCCGGACCCCCUCUCCUCAGUAGCCGGAGCCGAGACAGCGGGACAGGAACUCGGCGGCCUCGGCGCCGGCGUCGCGGCUCCCGCAGCCUCCGCCGCCUCGCCCGCCGGCCCCCCGGCGCCAGUCCUGGCCUCAGGCCCCUGGGCAGGGGGCCCGCCGGCGCAGGAUGGCGGACUUCGACGAGAUCUACGAGGAGGAGGAGGACGAGGAGCGGGCCCUGGAGGAGCAGCUGCUCAAGUACUCGCCGGACCCGGUGGUGGUCCGCGGCUCGGGGCACGUCACCGUAUUUGGACUGAGCAACAAAUUUGAAUCAGAAUUCCCUUCUUCAUUAACUGGAAAAGUAGCUCCUGAAGAAUUUAAAGCCAGCAUCAACAGAGUUAACAGUUGUCUUAAGAAGAACCUCCCUGUUAAUGUACGCUGGCUCCUCUGUGGCUGCCUUUGUUGCUGCUGCACAUUAGGCUGCAGUAUGUGGCCAGUUAUUUGCCUCAGUAAAAGAACACGAAGAUCGAUUGAGAAGUUAUUAGAAUGGGAAAACAAUAGGUUAUACCACAAGCUGUGCUUGCACUGGAGACUGAGCAAAAGGAAAUGUGAAACGAAUAACAUGAUGGAAUAUGUCAUCCUCAUAGAAUUUUUACCAAAGACACCGAUUUUUCGACCAGAUUAGCAUUUACUUUAUUUAUAGAGACUUUCCAAGUAUGUUGUCUUUCCAAUGGUGCCUUGCUUGGUGCUCUCCUGGUGGUGACAUAACAUUGGUUCUACAGAAUUGUGUGGUGUUUUUGUUUUGUUUCUGUUUUGUUUUUGUUUUUAAAUAACCGCAUGUUCUAUGUGUGCAUAUUUGUCAAACUUUGCAAGUUAUUUCAUACAGAUGUUUAAUACUUAAGUUAUUGUGCUCUUUUCUGUUAUGUAUUCUGAUUUUCAAGGAUUACUUUUUUGUAUUCUCAAAAAAAAAAUACAUUUGAACUUAGCAUAAAAAGUGGCCAGCCUUUUUUAUUUUAUCACCAAGGUACACACAGCCCUGUAUUUAUAAAUUCUUAACGUAGAAAAACAUCUUUCUAAGUCUCUACUUGUUUAUUCUACUGAGCACACUCUUUAUAUUAAAUUUUUCUUCCCUUUAAAAUAGUAAUUAUUUUUAAAAUAGUAAGUUUUCUUUAAUAGCCUUUUGAAACCUGACAUGUCCUUUCUCUUAUAGUUCCUAAUGCUCUGUUUACAGCAGAUAUAUCUGUUAACAUUAUGAAGACUUGUCAAAAGUUUUGAAAAUAUUUCUGUCUUCAAAGGUAGGAAGGCAGGAUUAAAUUAUUUUUAUUAAAAUAGACAAAUCAAUGGCUGGUAUGCAUGUAUCUAAUGGUUGCUAGAGCUCAGGAUCACAAAAUAUAAUAGCAUCAUAAUCUGUUUAUAUUUUUGAUUGAUCAGAAUGAUAUUAAUAAUGGCCUUAUAUGGGUUAUUUUUUAUUGUCAUUAAAUCUUCUAUACAAAUGUAUGGACAUAAUUCUUUUAAAGUUUUCUAAGAAAAAUAUUUCUCUUAAUCUGACAGUAACUGUAGGAUGGACAUAAUGGUUCUGAAGAGUGUGGGGAAAAGUGAGUAAAAGUUAUAGAAUUAAAAGUAAGUUGGUAUUUAGUACCUCAUCAAUAUUUAGAACAGCUUAUUACUAAGAAAUGGAGCACUUAGUACUGUUUUUAUCCACCCUAUGGUCUCACCUUCAAUCCAGUUAUGUGUACGACUUUUUUAUUGAAGAUGUGACAUGUAAGUUUGAGUCAGAUGAGCUUAUUGCUUUUAAACACACACACACAUAUAUAACUAUAUCUUAUUUCCUUUGGGUUGUACAUAUCUCCAUGCAUUUAGAACUUUAUGAAUGGCCUAUCUGUACGUUUAUGUUUUUAUAUGGCUAAAACAAUACACGUUUUAAUGUGUCAACAACUUGUUCCCUAUGGCUGUGGUAUCGAGCAAUAAUGUGAAUAAUUUUUGAAAUUAUAUGAACUGUGCUUAAUAAUUUGUAUUAAGAAUUGGUACCACUAUACCUUUUUUCCUUGUAUUAAAUCUUUUAAAUACCAGUUUCAUUAAUUAAUAUACCUGUGGUUUUUUUUUAAGUAUUUCUUUGUGCUUCUCCUAAGUACUGUACUUUUCUCUAUAUAUUUGAAUAGUUAAGUGCCAGUAUCUUAUAUCCUGUUUCUGUAUUGGGCAUUAGGAGCAAUCUUAAAACUAAAAUUUACAACAGUUUUUGUCUGAGAA